UCUUCUCCGUCCGAGCCUCCAGCAAACAGCGGCUGGUAGAGUUUUCCCUAUUCUCUUCACAUCUCCAGCCAUUUUUAACCAUCUCUCGGGUCCCCCUGUUGUAGCGACACACGAGUCCCGAGUAAAUCAUUUAAAGCCUGUUGAAGCCAUGGCAGUUGCCUUCUACAACCUUAACGUGGAGUCUGGCAUAAAGAAACUUGAUGAGUAUCUCCUGACUAGGAGUUACAUUACUGGGUACCAGGCUUCAAAGGAUGAUGUUACUGUCUAUUCUGCUCUUUCAAAAGCUCCUUCGUCUGAAUAUGUGAAUGUUUGUAGGUGGUACCACCACAUAGAUGCUCUUUUAAGACUUUCUGGUGUUUCUGGGGAGGGCCAGGGAGUUAAAGUGGAAGGAUCAGCUUCCAUUACAGAGGAGGUCAUUGCAACUCCUCCUGUGGCUGACACAAAGGCAUCAGCUGCUGAGGAUGAUGAUGAUGAUGAUGUUGAUUUAUUUGGUGAAGAGACUGAGGAAGAAAAGAAAGCUGCUGAAGAACGUGCUGCUGCCAUGAAAGCAUCAGGCAAAAAGAAAGAGUCUGGAAAAUCCUCUGUUUUGUUGGAUGUGAAGCCCUGGGAUGAUGAGACGGACAUGAAAAAGCUUGAAGAAGCAGUGAGAAGUGUUCAGAUGGAAGGCUUGGUUUGGGGAGCCUCUAAGCUUGUACCUGUUGGAUAUGGUAUAAAGAAAAUGCAAAUCAUGAUGACAAUUGUGGAUGAUUUGGUAUCCAUUGAUAACCUUAUUGAGGAUUACCUAACUGCUGAACCAGCAAAUGAGUACAUUCAGAGUUGUGACAUUGUAGCAUUCAACAAGAUCUAGGGUGUUGGGUUUUCCUGUGUGUAGGAAACAUUCGGUGGCUGCUACAUCUUCAGUGGAAAUUUAUCUUUGAGGAGAGAUGUUUUUCUAUGUUAUUAUUUUUCGUUAAACUUCCUGUAAGACCUCCGAGUGAAACUAGUUUUGCACAAUGAAUUAUCAAGUUUACCAAUCUCUUCUUUUAGGGCUGUAAUCAGCACAAGCCAUCCUUCCAUUUGUUUGUAUUCUAUGUAAUGAUGGUUUGAAUGGCUAUACGUUUAUUCAAGAGUUGGAGAAUUGCAUUCAGUUUUGCCCUCCUUUA